UUUAGUUAGCCAGACGCAAGCUCUCUAGCUAAUAGCUACUUCGGUACGAUAACUACCGAGUUGCUAUGAGUAAGGUACUUUAGCUAGCUAAACAGCAUUAUCCGAAGUGCAUAUUUAUGCAUGUAUUAUAACUAAAGACAAAGACAAACAUCUUGAGCGUUCAUUUGUACAACGUUGACUCUCUUGACUACUCUUAAGCUGUGUUCGCCAUAUAGCUGGCAGCAUAGGCGGAUUGUCAUUGCAAUAUUUUAUUUCAGUCCACGCCUUUGAGCAAGUAGGCUGCUCGUCUGCGACCGUCUUUUGAAAGCAAGACAAUGAGGUUGUUUCGGUUCGGCGUCAUACUGACUCCAGAAUGCACGGACGUAGAAGUGUUUGUGCUGGGGUCACGGCCUGAAAUGGGACACUGGGAUCCGAAUAAAGCGGUAAAGAUGAAGCCAGCGCACGCUGUGCUGUCCACUUGCGAGCCCUGCUUCUUCAUCGGCGAAGUUUUACUGUCGGAGCCCUAUAAAGAAACCUUCUGGUUUAAGUACAUAAAACGCAUCGGCGGCAACAUGACCUGGGAAGGCAACGGCCCCCAUCACGACCGUUGCUGUGAGUACGAGAAGAGCAACAUGGUGGAUGGGGCGUACUGCCACCCCGUGGGCCACUGGAUCGAGGCCUCCGGCCACACCGACGAGAUGAAGCACACCACCAACUUCUACUUCAGCGUGGCCGGCCACCAGGCCAUGCACUUCUCCAGGGUCCUCCCCAGGGUGUGGCUGGGCAGCUGCCCGCGGCAGGUGGAGCACGUGACGGUGAAGCUGAAGCAGGAGCUGGGCGUGACGGCGGUGCUGAACUUCCAGACGGAGUGGGACGUGGUCAGCAACUCCCACGGCUGCCGCCGGGACGUGUCCCAGGACAUGAGCCCCGAAACCCUGAGCCUCCUGUACAGAGACUGCGGCCUGGCCUACGUGUGGAUCCCCACCCCCGACAUGAGCACUGACGGGAGGGCCCGGAUGCUCCCCCAGGCGGUGUUCCUGCUGCACGGUCUCCUGGACAACGGACACACGGUGUACGUGCACUGCAACGCGGGCGUGGGGCGCUCCACCGCGGCGGUCUGCGGCCUGCUCAUGUACGUGCUGGGCUGGAGCCUGCGCAAGGUGCAGUACUACCUGACCGCCAGGAGGGCGGCGGUCUACAUCGACGAGGAGGCGCUGCUCCGCGCCCAGGGCGACUUCCUGCUCAAGUUCGGCCGCCCGCGCCCCGCCGUGCACGACGUGGAAACGUGAUCGCGCCCGGACGAGGAGUUCGGGCGGAGUCUGCACGGUUUUCAGGAUUUAACCCUUAUUUAUACUUUGUUGCACCACCUCUUUCAAAAAGUACGGUGCGACAGAAAAACAACGUAACAAUAAAAGUGUCAUACAACGUUUUGGUAGAUUGGACUGCACUCACAUAACGCUUUUAUCCAAAGAGCUUUAAAAUCGAUGGCUCGCAUUCACCCGUUCACCCACACACCGGCAACCCUCCCACUGUCAGACAACCUCCUGAGCUAAUGCCUUUUUGCGUGUAAUACUUUGCCAAAUGCUUGCAGAGAGAUUUAUAUUCUCUCUAUAACAAGACACCAAACUGUUGAUGUUUACAUGUGUGACACCUGCGUAGCCUAUCCGUGACAAUUAAUGGUAGGGGCCGGGUUAACAGACACAGAUUAAGGUUAUUCCUGCGCUAAAUUGAGUUUUAUCUGGAGAAUCUCCAUUCAGGAUGUCAUGUAGUCUCGGACAAGGCUUAAUCUGUGUCUGUGAAACUGGGUUCCAUCUGGCUGUCCAAUGAACACUGUGUAACAAAGUAUGAUGUUGUCUGCAGCAUAAAACAAUUCCUGAGGUGUGAAAUACUGUGGAAAAAGUAUCACGCGACACUCGAGUGCCAUUCUGUUGAAAAGACGUCAUUUUCGUCAUUCGACAUUUUCUCAAAGUUGUUGGCUGUGCGCCAAACUAUGAAUCAGACUGUAGGGGUAUAAGAGCCCAGUCCUGAACUGUGCUGUUGAAAUGUGCUCUUGGCUUCUUUAUUUUGGUUUCCCAGCGUAGAAAAAGCCUUUAAAAUUCCUAUAAAAAGCCGUGUUUGACUCUGCCUGAUGCCUUUGCAUCUCCAAAGGGCAUUGUUUACGUUCUGCUUUCGGCCCGUGAGAUUUCGCGAGUGGGCAGAUUUAUUUUUAGUGAGCUCUCGCUGCAGCUCUCCUUCGAGUUUGAACCUCGCUUCGCAUCUCGCAAGACACCUUGGAGCUGUUUACCUCGAGUGAUGGCGAAGACUUCCAAUGCGGCGCUUAUCGCGACGUUACAGAUGGCAUUUCGCAUUAAGUGACGGCUCUGUUGUCUAUCGGUUUCAGUUUAUGAUAAGCGGUUUCACGUCAUUCAUCCGUGAGAGAGAGACAGGGGGGGACAGCCGAAUUCAGGUCCCGUCAUUGAACCAGUAAUUUACGACUGCGGUGCACGCAGGACCUGAGAGACAGCCCACACAGUCUCUACCGAUCACGUUUAAAAGUUACGACAAUAAACAUCAUAUUUUAACAAUAAUAAGUAAUGGGAACAAUGGCCCCUAAUAUCUCCCAGCUCCUGGCAGGUUUGACAGCCCUGAAAAAUAAACACAUCACUUUAUUUGUCGGACGCGUUCGUGAUUUAUGGGUGACUAAAUUGUGGAUUCUCGCUGUGAGGAGAUUUGACAGCUGCAGUGAUGUAGCUAUGGGGAGGCGGCGGGAAGCAGUGCAAUCAGGGACAUUCACUGCGGUCAUUCAGGAGGUCAGGAGUCGGUUAGAAUUGAGAAAAGUCGCAGAUCAGCAGCAGAGAGAGGGUUAGCAACAGAGAUGUGCUUUUCCCCCGAGAAUAAUUCCACAAAAAUAUUAUGAAAAGAAAACCUAUUCCUGGCUCACGGUUGCAAAAACACCACGGUGUGUGGAGUUGCUUUUCUAAAAAAAGAUCAAACAGGGUGACUCCCCCCUCAGUUGUGUGGUGUCGUGUGAUAUUCCAACCUUAAUGUGUGCACAGCAAAACAAAAACCUCAACGCCGAAAGCCCCGCGCUUCAAGCUUCAAUCCGCCGGAUAAAGGCACACAAAGCCGCUCGACGUCUCUGAACCCUGUUUACUUUACCCCGCCGUUACGCAGUACGCAGGUGCAUCUUAUGAAUAACAAACCACCAGGGCCGACCCUCUCCACAGCGCGUCUCUCCCCGCCGUGAAAUGGAGGGUGCCCUUUUUUCAAUUUCGACAGUCCUCGGCGAGUUUCCCCCCCCUUUGAAGACGUCCUGGAUUUCAUUAGCGGCUUGGCCGUCUGAAAAUAGCCAGCGCCGGACAAAAGUGAGCGGAAAGCGUGGGGAGUUCAAACGAAAGGUGUUUAAAUGGGAUAGAGAGACAGAAGAGGAGGCUAAACGUCCCGGAUAGACCGGAGACCCGACCGUGGCUCUCUCAGACGGAUGCACAGAGCUCAGGAGACUUCACAACUGCCAAUCACACUGCUUUCGAGUGCGCCAAAGCACUAAGCUAGGUUGUUUAUUACUACUUAUUAUUAUGUAUUAAAAUUAUAAUUAUUAGUACUAGUAGCAGCAGCAGCGGUAGUAGUAGCAGCAGCAGUAGUAGUAGCAGUAGUAGCAGCAGCAGUAGUAGUAGUAGCAGUAGUAGUAGUAGCAGCAGCUGUAGUAGUAGUAGCAGUAGUAGCAGCAGUAGUAGUACAGUGGUGAUAGUUGUAAUAGUGGUAGUAGUAAUGGUGAUAUAACUAGUGAAUUGUCGUAAUAACACUACAGUUAUAGGGAAGUAAUACUCUGAAUAUUGAAAGGUUUGUAUAUGUCUUGCAUACCUAGUUGCCAAAACUGUGGUAUUGCUACUUGGUCAGUUAUCUGAUUAUUCUACAAGUGUUCACAUUUUUGUCUGUUAUCACUCUGGCACUUACAACCGUACUUCCCUCCAGGGUUUUCAGCACACUUACCCCUGGUUAUGAUUUGCACUUUAUUGUACAUCGCUCUGGAUAAGAGCGUCUGCCAAAUGACUGUAAUGUAACGUAAUGUAAUAUAUGGCUCGCAAGCA